AUGAACAUCUUCAAGCGUAAUGGUGCAAGGAAUAAGGCUAUCGAACAGGUAUAUGGUAACUGGGAGAAUUCAUACAAUGAGCUGCCACACUACUUGUUAGCUCUCAAGAAAUUUGUUCCUUGUACAGUGGUAGAAAUGCAAACACUUCCCGUAUAUACAGAUGACGAAACUGUUGUCAAUGGAAAACAAAUUUUCCAUCGACUUUUCUGGCCAUUCCAACCAAGCAUAAAAGGGUUUGCAUAUUGCAAACCUAUACUUCAGGUUGAAGGUACCUGGUUAUAUGGUAAGUACAAAGGUACCCUACUAAUGGCGGUAGCUCAAGAUGGAAAUAGUAAUAUCUUUCCAGUUGCUUUUGCUCUUGUGGAGGGGGAGACCGCAGAUGGUUGGGGUUUCUUUCUAAAGAACUUGAGAAUGCAUGUAGCCCCUCAUCCUGGCUUGUGUUUGAUUUCAGACAGGCAUGCAUCAAUUGAAAGUGCUUACAAUAAUCCAGAGAAUGGUUGGCAUGAGCCUCCAUCUGUACAUGUCUAUUGUAUCAGACAUAUCACACAAAAUUUCAUGAGGGAAAUCAAAGACCGUACCCUCCGAAAAAAAGUUAUCAACAUGGGGUACGCUUUGAACCAACCAACAUUCCACUACUACCGAAAUGAAAUUGGUAUGGCUAAUGGUGAUGCUUUAAGAUGGCUAGACAAUAUUCCAUUGGAAAAGUGGACGAGGGCAUUUGAUGGAGGUCGGCGUUGGGGUCACAUGACAACAAACCUAGUGGAAUCGAUGAACUCGGUAUUCAAAGGCACACGUAAUCUACCUAUUAUGACAUUGGUGCGUGCAACAUACUAUAGGAUGGGAACACUAUUUGCUGAAAGGGGUGCUACGUGGAGUGCAGUAUUGAGUUCUGGACAAACAUUUACAGAAAGUUGCAUGAAGGUGAUGAAAGAAGAAACGGCAAAAUCCAGCACGCAUCAUGUAAGAAUAUUUGACUAUAACCAUAACACUUUCAGUGUGAAGGAGACAAUGGACCAUGGUGAAGGAAAGCCUAUGGGAGAAUACAAGGUAAACCUAAGAGAUCUUUGGUGUGACUGUGGAAAGUAUCAAGCUUACCGUGUUCCUUGUUCACACGUUAUUGCUGCAUGUUCUGUGGUGCGCCAAGACGCUUAUGCUCUACUGUCCGACGUUUACAGAGUCGCAAACUUAUUCGGUGUUUACAACACAAGUUUUCCAGUACUACCAUUAGAUGAGUAUUGGCCCUCCUUUGAAGGAGAUCAAAUUUGUCACAACCCAUUAAUACGGAGGAACAAGAAAGGUCGUCCAGUGAGCUCACGUAUUAGAACGGAAAUGGACAAGUAUGAUAAGUUGGAGAGAAAAUGUGCGUUGUAUCGUCUUCCUGGUCACAACCAAACUAAUUGUCCAAAUGUUAGAACCAGUAAUAACUAG